UGAAAACUGAAAAUCUCAUUUGCAAGUGCAUUUUCUAGUGUAAGCGUGAAGACUUGGCCAAAGGAAGCAAAACUUUCUCUCAUUAUUAAGCUAGCUCAGCUCAUCGGGCACACAUGAUCAGGGCCAUGGUACAUCAGGUACGAGAGGUUUUCAUUUAUUUGUUUUUAGCGGUGUUCUACAAGGCAACUGGUACUGUAAAGCCUUAUUGGAGACCAGGAAGCAACUUGAGUCCUGAUAAUGAUCGUGCCUAUUGCUUAAGCUGGAGGUUGGGUGUAGAGACCAACAAUGUGCGUGCAUGGCGUACCGUCCCAUCUGAGUGCAAGGAGUACAUUGAAAAUUACAUAACUCGUGGACAAUAUUACCAUGACCUCAACUUCAUUACCAACCAAAUUUCAAGUUAUGCAGAUGAGAUUGCUCUUUCUAACGAUGGCAUGGACGCCUGGAUUUUGGACAUUGAUGAUACAUGCAUAUCCAACAUCAUUUAUUACCGAGGAAAGAGAUAUGGGUGCGACCCAUAUGACCCGCUAGGGUUUAAGGCGUGGGCAAUGAAAGGAGAGUGUUCAGCCGUUCCUUUCAUGCUUGGGUUGUUUGACAGAUUGGUUCAAAGUGGAUUCAAGGUGAUCUUGCUCACGGGAAGAGAUGAAGAGACCCUCGGCCAAGCCACAACUGAUAACUUGCUUAGCCAAGGAUUUAUUGGUUAUGAACGUAUCAUUUUCAGGACCACGGCUUAUAAAGGGCAAAAGGCAGUGACUUUCAAGUCUGAAAUUCGGAAGCAGCUUGUAGAAGAAGGUUACAGAAUAUGGGGAAAUGUUGGAGAUCAGUGGAGCGAUCUUCAAGGAGAAUUUACAGGCAAUCGGACCUUUAAGCUUCCUAAUCCUAUGUAUUUUGUUCCUUGA